UAUGUAGAGCGGUAUACCACAUAUCAGAGAGGCCAUUGGCCCCAUAUCCUGUUCUCUAACCUGGUAGCUGGGAGGUGCUGUAGGACGUUCUCCUGGUGCGCAUCGAAGACCAAACUGUCGUGCCUGCACCCCACAUGUUGUAUAUACGCAGUGUCGAACAUUCUGUGACAUUAAAACUCCUGGUAUACAGGACGGUCUACAGGUUUCACCGGGAUGCCAGGGUUCUAUAAUCUAUCUCACGCUCUGUGAACUGGGCGGUACUAUAGGAUGUUCCGUGUACAAGCAUCACAUGGCCGGCAAGUCCCUCUUCACCAUAUUUUGUAUCUCAUGUUCGUUGAACAGGACACAAGGAUGGGGACUGGCGAUGUGUGUAUCGACCUCAAUCACUGGACGUGUAAUUACAUCUGCGAUGACCAGGGCGUUUAGUAGAGAUAUAUCGCUUCGUGCUAUACAGGACCACGUCUCGAGACCAUCCAAAAAUUGUGGGUUUCAAGAUAUGAGAUAUGUUCAAAGGAUACGCGCCGGUCCAGAAUCGGGUGUCUAGACUCGAUCAUCACAUUCGUGGCUCCGCGCGCGAGAGAGAGCCAAUAUUGGCCGUUUGAGAAUUGCGACAGAUGAGUGCCAUUCGCACCUUCGGACUUCUUAACCCCUGGACCGCAAAUUACAUUUUGAGUACACUACACGCAGUGACGUUUCAGUAAAUGGCCAGGAAUCCAAUGCUUUACUCCGUGUGACGUUGUGUUGCUUGACCACAUGUGCUAGGGAUUAACCACAGAUUCGGUCGAGAGGUAAUUCAAAUGGGUAGGUAUGCGUCAGUCCUUCGGGUGGAUGGUGGACUCGUCAGCAGUGUCCACUUUGCGCUCGUUCUG